CCAGUGCGCAGGCGCGGGAAAGUUGAAUUUCCAAAAAGUUUGUUGAAAUUGAGUGAAAGCGUGGUUGCCGGCGUAACUAGAACAGAACCCCGAACAAGGUGCCUCCAUGGCCGGCUCUGAAGAGCUGGGGCUCCGAGAGGACACACUGAGGGUUCUGGCAGCUUUCCUUAGGCGCGGUGAAGCUGCUGGGUGCCCUGUCCCAACUCCACCCAGGAGCCCUGCCCAAGAGGAGCCAACAGAUUUCCUGAGUCGUCUCCGAAGAUGCCUCCCUUGUCCCCUGGGUAGAGGAGCCCCUCCCCCAGAGUCCUCUCGGCCCUGUUUCCUUCCCCUACGCCCCUGCUAUGACUCGGGACCUGGUCCAGCUACUUCAGACUUCUAUGCCAUGGUUGCCCAGCGUCUGGAACAAUUGGUCCAAGAGCAACUGAGAUCUCCGCCCAGCCCAGAGUUCCAGGGACCCCCACCCACAGAAAAGGAAGCCCUGCUAAGGAGGCUGGUAGCCUUGCUGGAGGAGGAAGCAGAAGUUAUCAACCAAAAGCUAGCUUCUGACCCAGCUCUGCACCGGAAACUUGCUCGCCUGUCAGCGGGCUCCUUCGCCCGCCUUGUGGAACUCUUCUCCAGUCGUGAAGUCAGCUCCUCCCCAAGCUGUGCAAGCCCCUCAUUGCCAUGCCCGGCGCCCCCACCGCCAUCUCCGGAGCCACUGGCCCGCCUGGCUCUGGCUAUGGAGCUGAGCCGGCGCGUAGCCGGGCUGGGGGGUACCCUGGCCAGCCUCAGUGUGGAACACGUACACAGCUUUGCGCCCUGGAUCCAGGCCCAUGGGGGCUGGGCAGGCAUCCUGGCUGUGUCGCCUGUGGACCUGAACUUACCCUUGGACUGAGUGCUUCCCCCGAGGCUGCUGCAGGAGUGCCCACAGGUCCUGCUGACACGUGUUUCCUCUCAGGGCUCAGGUGGUGGCUGCCAUGCCCCCUCUCUUUUCUUUUUGCCAAAAAGAUUGUUUAGAAA